AUGUCUUCGAAUAAAAUUGCUUUAGAAUUUAAGGAAAUAAAGGAGACAUUUGGACUGAGCAAGGAUGAAAUUCGAUAUCUUGAUAAUCAAACAUCAAAAUUAGCCAAAUCUCCGGAAAAAGCAAUUCAUUAUCUUGAAAAAAUCCGAAAUUUUUUUAAUACAAAGCAAGAGAUUGUCGAUAAACUAGCUAAAAUUACAGAUGAUAUACAAGAAAAAGCUAAAAAUACAGAAACCGCAAAAAAAUUUAUUUCGAUAUUUGAAAAAGUACGAGAGGCAGAUAUCAAAACAUUAAAUGUAUUUGUUAGAGCAUUUUCAAUGUUUCUGUCCAACUUAAUCUCACCAGAGAUAUUCAAAGAUUUUGCUUUAAUCAUUCUCCAAAAAAUAAAGCAAAAUAACAAGGCAACUAAGGAUUCAUUAAAUGAGAUUAUCAAUACAGUGACUGAAAACUCAAUAGGUUUCCUUUUAUCCCUUUUAAAUUCCGGAAAUAGCAAGAUUUCUUUUCUUUACAAUCCAUCUUGCGACGUUUCUACCGCAUUUCAAUAUGUUAUGUUCGCGAGCUUCAUUUUAGACGCAGAAGAGUUCCAACAUUUCAUAAAUUCAAUUUGGCUUUACAGUUUCUCAUUAUUAUCACGAGAUUCCACUAAUAACAUUAUAACAGCCAUAGAUAAGAAUCUUGCUCAGUAUUUCAUGCAAAUUUCCCAGAAAAUCCAAAAAAUCGAAUUUCAUCCCUCAAAAUUAUCGAAAUAUUAUCCCAAUUUUGUUUAUCCAGCUGCCAGUAACUAUUUAACAGAAGGAUUCAUAUCAUAUGUCACUUCUUCUUAUUACGAAAACCAAGUAGAGAAUUGUUUUCAAUUAGCAAAUUUAUCUCGCUUUUAUGUGACUCGUUUUACAGAUUUCUACGAUAAUUACUCUUAUUUAGACUCAAGAGCUACUCGAAUGUACCAUUUUUACCUUGAUACAGCGAGAUUUCUGAGAACUCAGGAAGAAGAUGACUUUUCUGGACUUGCAAAGGCUGCAGAAUACAUAUUUGGACAUCGUAUACCAUUGGAUGUCAUCGAUAGAGAGGGUUUCUUAACAAAAUUGUUGGAAUAUUAUCUUAAUGAGACAAGAACGUAUUCUAACCGGACAAUUGACAUCUUGAAGGAAAGGUUGAAAGAGUUGGAGACAGAUUUAAUCAAUUACAGAGAUAUUUUCAAGAAAUUAUACGGAGUUCCGUUAAUUAGAAGAAAAUUGAUCACAGAAGGCUUCGAAUUCGAUCUCCCUACUCGCAAACAACUCAACCAAAUACUUGAACCAUUGAAUCCUUUGAUAGAAAUGCUCGAAAUUUCGGAAAAAAUCGAAAAAAUGAAUAAUUUUGUAUUUUCUAAGAAAUGCAAUCAUUUAUUAGAUGAAUACACAGCUAUUUCGGUUAUAUAUUACUUCAUUUUGAUAGAGAUAAUGAAAACAAUUACUGAUGACGAGAAAAAUCUCGAUUUGAAACAAAUUUUCACUGGAACUAAUCCUCCUUAUACAGAUUUGCAUGCAGAGAUGUCUUGUGUUGAUAUGAUAUUGAUGAAAUUGGCUUCUUCUCUUGAGAAGGCUAUUGAUGAAGGCCAAGAUUCAUUAUCUAUCGAUUAUCAAGGAGAAAUAUACAAUGAAGGUGAUUUCUUGUAUAAUAUUAAGACUGAAGAUGACAAAGUAACCAUCUUGCCUGUCAUUAAUGCCUUUGUUUUCCCUCAUGAUUAG